CACACUUUACGGCAUACACGUGUUUCCUGCGGUCUUCCGUGCCCUUCACUGCUCCACAUCGGAUCCAAAGACGAAAAUUGAUCAAAUCUGAGUGAAAUCAUGAGCAAACUGAGCAAAGAGAGCAAGCAGCGGCUGCAGCAGGUGUUCCAGUGCGGCCAGUUCGUCAUCCGCUGGGGCUUCAUCCCCACUGUGCUUUAUUUGGGAUUCAAACGGGGAGCCGAUCCAGGGAUGCCUGAACCCACGGUCCUGAGUUUGCUUUGGGGAUGAAGACGCUCCCGACGGCCACUACAGACCAAUCCGGAUCCUCCCACUGAACUUCCCAACUCACGGGAGUCUCGGGACACUGACCGCUUGGAUCAGAACGUUAUGCUGGGAUGUAAAUACUCGGCUGUCUCAUUUUUCCUUUUUGUUUUGUUUUGUUUUACUACUUCUUUCUGAAACAUUGUCUUGAGAAACACACACAAUGUAACUGGAUUUUCUUUGUUGUUUUUAAUCAUUGUAAACAAUCUCAGGAUGUGCUCAACGUUCAGUUUCAAAAAAAUUAAACAUGUUUAAUAAAUAUUUAUCAGCACAGA